AUGAAGUAUACAGAGAUUACGCAUCCGAGCCACCCACACGAUUUGGUUCUUGGAUCUGCUGAAGAACCCUACCAGUGCGACGGAUGCAAAGAAGUGGGGUUUGGGCCAUGUUUCAAGUGCGGACAGUGCAAUUUCAAUCUUCACGAGGAGUGUGCCAUGCCUGAACCCUCCGCCUUCCACCCCUUUUUCAGUAAGUGCGACUUCAGAUUCUACGAAAACGCGCCAGGAUCUAGCGAUAGAUUUUACGAUGCUUGUGGGAAAGAUGUGCGAGGGUUUGUGUACCAAUGCUCACACGAGCAUGACCUACACCCGUGUUGCAUGAAGCUUCAACGUACCUUAAUUGGUGACGGGGUGAAACUACACCUCAGCGACAAGGUGUCAACCAGGUGCCUAAAAUGUGGAAGCAAGGAAAUAUCCAAGGGUUUCAGGGGCUGGUCCUAUGAAUCGAGUUGUGGGCAAUAUCGCUACCAUGUGGCGUGUGUGAAGGACUUGGUUCUUGAGAAUUGGCGGAGGGGUUAUUUUGAUGAUGGACAUAACACGAUGGCGCUGCAGAUUAUGGUUCGAAACGAAGAUAUUGUACAACAGACGGGAGGAAGCUCAUCAAGCAGAAUGAAGGUUAGUAAGUAUUGGAGGAUGGCAAAAGUGGCUCUCACGCUCAUUAUUUCAGCCGUCUUUGGGGAUCCAACUACCGUGGUUGCUACUUUUAUCGCGUCGUUGCUUUCAAGCUAG